CAACCUCUAAACCCCUUGCCAAACGCGCGUAGGCCUGUCUCUACUCUACUCUGUAUAAACCCAACGAAGCAAAAUGGGGAAGAAGCAGAAGAGAGCGGAAGCCGAAACUGAAGCAGAGAGAAUUGAAAACGACAAAGCAGAAAACGAGCUCGAGCUCACUAAUGGCGAUUCUCACAAAAAGAAGAAGAGGAGGAGGAGAAACAAAGAAAGAGAUGAGAGGGAUAAAGAAGCAAAGGAAAUAACUACAGUCAGCAUAGCCGUUUCUGGUUCCAUCAUCAACAAUGCUCAGUCUCUCGAACUCGCCACUCGACUGGCUGGUCAAAUUGCUCGUGCCGCGACUAUAUUUCGAAUCGAUGAGGUGGUGGUGUUUGAUAAUAAGAGUAGUUCCGAGAAAGAGGAUCCUAAUGUUACGACAGACAACAAUUCAGAUGAGAAUGAGAGUGGUGGGGCUUUUUUCAUAAGGAUCUUGCGGUAUUUAGAGACUCCGCAGUAUUUAAGAAAAGCUCUCUUUCCAAAGCAUAAUAACUUAAGAUUUGUGGGAAUGUUGCCCCCGCUUGAUGCUCCACACCAUCUGCGCAAACAUGAAUGGGCUCCGUUUAGGGAAGGUGUCACGCUAAAUGAAAAAGUUUCCAACUCUGGGGAAACACUGGUUGAUGUGGGCUUAAGUAAGAAUGUUGUUGUAAAUCAAGCGCUUGAACCUGGAAUAAGAGUAACUGUGGCUAUGGGAACCAACCGCAAUUUGGAUGAUGAUUCACCACGCCAGGUUGUCUCAUUAUCGAAGCCAAGGGAGGAAGCAGGAAUGUAUUGGGGGUAUAGAGUGCGAUAUGCUUCUAAUAUCAGCUCAGUAUUUAAGGAUUGUCCAUACAGGGGUGGCUAUGAUCUUUUGAUUGGUACCUCAGAGCAUGGUCUCAUUAUUAACUCAUCAGAGCUUUCUUUACCAACAUUCAGGCAUCUGUUGAUUGCUUUUGGCGGGCUUGCUGGAUUGGAAGAGAGUAUUGAAGAAGACAGUAACUUAAAAGGUAAAGAUGUUCGUGAAGUAUUUGAUUCAUACUUGAACACGUGUCCCCAUCAAGGAAGUCGGACUAUUCGAACCGAGGAAGCAAUUUUCAUAUCACUUCAGUAUUUCCAAGAACCAAUCAGCCGAGCAAUGGAAAGAGUUCAACAUUGAAGUUACCAGAAGUCAGCCAGGUAUAAUGGCCAUUCUGCUAUUGAUCCUUUUGAGUCUUCUAAAAACAUAUUUUGAAGAUCCUGGAAUUGGCUGCUUGCAAUGUGGAAGAUUGAAGAGUUUUCAUUUCCUUACUCUAGUUUAAGCUGUAUGGUUGCAAAAUCUGUAGUUUCUUUCUAGUAUCUUAUCUGAAAAAUUUUGGUGAUAGUUGUUAAAUCCUUCAAUGCCAAUAUUCUUAAUUUCAACCAGCAACAUGAAUUACGACUGAUUUAUUACAUGCUAUGCUUUGAUGAGAUUUCUUUCAA